AUGUAGAGCGCCGUGUUAUUUCAUCAGGGCAUCAGCAAUGCGUUAUUUCAUUUGCCUCCAAAACAAAUGCCUUUUGAUAAUGCUUGCGGGAUGCCAGCGGUCAUCGAACUGGUAAAAGUAAUUAAAAAAAAUGCCCUCUUGAAUGCAGGAGAAGUUUCCACAAGUGCUUCCAUAUGCGUGAAAACGAUUCAACAGCGACGCUCCACCGACCCCCCCAAAACCAAAGCAGGUCUUCCCCAUUACUCCAAAGUCUGAUACCAAACCCUCUACCGCUGUUUCCUCCAUGGAUAAUCUCUAAUCCUCUUGCUCCCAAGGUUUUGCAUGGUUAAAGCCGUCUCCUUUCUCGCAUUUGUCAUUUUCAGGGCCUUUUCAGGUAAUAAGCUAAGACAAUCUGCUGAAUCUGUUGCAUAAUGGUUCUGAGCAGCCCCUAUCUUGUGAUGAGGAUCAAUGAAUCGUGAAACUGAUUUCCUCCUUUGAACGGAGAAAGGCUUUAAUUUUGCUAUCUAGCCGGCUUAAAUUGCCGGAUUCGGUAGUGCGAGUGGAUGGUCCAUGAAGUUGUGACAUACAUUCGGACAAGAUUUACUUGAUUCGUUAUCUCGCCAAUUCUAUCGUUAAGAAGUUCUUCAGCUGCUAUAAAAUCCAUUGGCUUCUUUCGUUAAAUUCUCUAAUCAAUCCACCGCACAUUUUCUGUCGAUUGACUUAUAAUGGGCGCUUUUUGCUGCUGUCCUUGUGGGGAGGACUUUGAAGAAUACACUCAUCCAAGCAAUUCUAUAUACAGACAUUGCAUCUGCCUGAGAUAUUUUCUGCACCAACUGUUCUAUGGGUUUGGUCCAACAUUUCAUAGAGUUGAUGGGCGAAUUUCUGCUUCAAAUGCAGCCACAUCUUUGGCUUCAGCUGCAGUUAUCACCACUUCUGCUGAUGCCUCUUUGACCGAUACUCAUCCUCUCGUCAUUAGACCGACGUUUGAGAGCGACGGUCUACAUUCUCGGUCACAGCGAGAUGGUUUAAUCUCAAGGCGCGAGCAGUUGGGCGGUGCUAAGAAACGGAAUAAUGCAAAUGGUGAAGAAGAAUCCAAAGUUGGUCAUUUUGAAAUGGAGAAUAAUCCGUCUGCUAAAGCAUAUGUGCUGAAAAGUUUAGAAGAUGAAGAUGUUUGCCCCACAUGUCUGGAAGAAUACAACCCAGAAAAUCCAAAAAUCAAGACAAAAUGCUCCCAUCAUUUUCAUCUAAGCUGUAUAUAUGAGUGGAUGGAAAGAAGUGACAGUUGCCCUAUUUGUGGGAAGGAGAUGGAGUUAUGCGAGAGCCCUUGAAACAGUUGAUUAACCUAAAGGCACCACCAUCAGAUGCUGGAAUAAAUAUGAGUACUGGAGCUGAAGAAGCGAAAGAGUACUAGAGCUCCGGCAGAAAAAAAAUAAAAAUCAAUCUGUUUCUGAACUAAAUUUGGCAAUCUAUUUGAUUGUUAGAAGAUGACUCAUUUAAUUGUAUAGUGAAUUUUAUGAGUUGAAAUGUUUUGCUUUCUAAUA